AUCUGAAAUGUGCGCCAUGUUUCUCUUUCAUUUCUCUGAUAUACCAGCAGGUGGGCCAGGAAACUGAAACUUAACUUCUGUGUUUUUCAUCCAGUCUUUGGACUGGGUGGAAGGGGGCAUGGCUUGUUAUCAGGAAAUGCUGCAUGCAGCUUGUUGCUCCUCAACUACUCUGCCUUACUGGCGUCAGCUGCUGUCUGUUGAUAGCCUACCCCCCCCCCCAUACCCCGCCCCGGGUUUAUAAAACCCAAGAGCCUCCCUCUGAAGGAAAGCAUUCUGCCGUGACAGGAGGACACAGAGUUAAUUGGACACAAAUUGAGAAAAGAAGAAAACCAUAUUCAUGAUGGUUGGCCUUAUCGCUAUUGCUGUUGGAGCGGCUGCCGGCACUGCGGCGAUAGCUGCUUUCCCACCACUUGCUGGGCUGCUUGGUUUUACUGGAACUGGAAUUGCAGGCGGAUCCACAGCUGCAGGCAUGAUGUCGGCAUCUGCCAUUGCCAAUGGUGGAGCAGUGGCUGCUGGGAGCCUUGUUGCCAUAUUGCAGUCAGUUGGUGCUGCAGGUGUGUCGGCAGCUACCUACAUUGCAGGAGCAACUGGAGGAGCUCUCCUGGGUGUCCUUUUUCUCUAAAGAAAGCAGGAAAAGUCAUUCCAGGCUCUGCAGAGGAAGAGGGCUGCAUUAUUUUCCUGCUUCUGGAUGAGCAAGAAGAAGGAAAUUCUAACCUGAAGAGAUGCAUGCUACUUGUAUUCACUGGCAUAGAAAAAUUUGUUUCCAAGCUUCUGUUUCUUCCCUGCAGUUUUUUUUUCACUUCAGCUCUUUACGGGUGUCUAUAUGGGAGCUCCUCUUGCUAUAAUCUCAGUGGCUUCAUGCCAGGAUGGAAUAAAUGCUGAGUUAUGAGGGAUAGUAGCGCCUGCUAUAAUGUUAGACUUAAAUUCUGUGGAAAUAACUAUACAAUGUGACCCUGGGCCCUCCUGAGAGGUAGAACAAAUGUCCCUUGAAACUCUUGUCUUAUGGCAGGUGGUCCAAUACAGUCAAUGGAGAUGGGCUCAAGAACUUGUCGCACCAAUUGUAAACAACUCUGUAGUUGUGUUGGUAAAUGAUAACGCCUUUUAAUUGUUAAGAGGGAGCAAGACCAUCCUGGGACAACUGCCUAUUCAUAAUUGUGCAUAUGUUAGAUGCAUUGUCAGGGUUAUCUGAAAUCAUAAAAGAUUAUCCCAUUUUCUCAAAAUACAGCUAUAAAUAACUAUAUUAAUCAUGUAGGAUCAUCAGCGCUAAUAUUGUAAGCGUCGAAUUUAAACAAAAAUAAAGAUAUAUAACAAUA